UUCAUGGUGUGUGUUGCCCAAACUCCCUGGGAUCCUGACCUUGUCUCUGGAUCACAUUUUGGACCUAGCCUGUUGGCUUGGCAGGACUGUAUUUUACCUGCAACCCUACCUGUGUUGUCUGCACUGACAGGGACUGACCGGGAUUGAGACCGUGGGCCAUAGCUGAUAGCUCGAUGCGGAUGUUGACCAAGUAUUCUGCAGCUGUACAAGAAUGGGUAUUAUGUGGACCCUGUAACCAUGCCAGUUCUGCAGAUCGACGACCUCGAUGGAACGAUCUCCCUGUGUCAGGCACACAUGGGAAGGUGACGGUGACAACCUGGUGAGCCCCAUUGGGUUUUGCCCAACAAGAAGCAGCAAUGAUGACAAGCAACGUUGUGGAGGAUGAGCUGGGAUUCUACUCCAAGGCUGAGAAAUAUUGGAAGGAGAUCCCCGCCACGGUGGACGGGAUGUUGGGCGGCUACGGGCACAUCUCCAGCAUCGACAUCAGCAGCUCCAAAAAGUUUUUGCUCCGUUUUUUGCGGGACGGACCCAACCGGACAGGGACCUCCCGCGCUUUGGACUGCGGGGCGGGCAUUGGCCGGAUCACCAAGAGGCUUCUGUUGCCCCUCUUCAAAGCCGUGGACAUGGUAGACGUGACAGAGGAUUUCUUGAAUAAGGCCAGGAGCUACCUUGGAGAGGAGGGCAGGCGCGUCAGGAACUACUUCUGCUGCGGCUUGCAAGACUUCAGUCCCGAGCCCAGCGCUUACGACGUCAUCUGGAUCCAGUGGGUAAUAGGACACCUGACGGACGACCACCUCUCCAACUUCCUCAAGAGAUGCCAGCUCGGCUUGCAGCCCAACGGGAUCAUCGUCAUUAAGGACAACAUGGCCCAAGAAGGUGUCAUUAUGGAUGACGUCGACAGCAGCGUCUGCCGGGACCUUGACGUUGUCUGCAAGAUCAUCCGCCGUGCUGGGCUCAGCCUGUUGGCCCAGGAAAAGCAAGAGAACUUCCCCGAUGAAAUCUACCACGUCUAUACUUUAGCCAUGAGAUGAAUCCGUCCCCCUCUUCCAAGUCGCGGUGGGGGUGGCCUCCCCAGAGGUCUGAGCGAGGAGCCCUGACUCUUUGACGGAGUGCUGGAGACAAACCACCCUGGGAGACGGUCCAAAAAUCGGGUGUGUGUGGUGGGGAGGGUGGGCAGGGAUGUGACUGUUGUUGCCGGUACUAACUUCGAAUGGAGGAAAAAGUAAAUUCUCUUGUCUUCCGAGCAUCAUCUGGUUCUUUGUCUGAAGAGAAAACCCCACCCCCCACCAAAUAGAACUUUGUACGGUUGCAGUUUUUUGUUUGAAUUGUUUUAUAGAGUGGAGGGGGAGGUAGGAGAUUUUUUGAGGGGGGGGGAGUGCAAACCCCUUUCCCUGUGCUUUGCUUGCAAGGGGGUAUUGCUAGGUACUUGAAAGAUUCUCUGGGCAUGAGCCAGGAUGCAGAUUUGCAUGGAGGGUGCAUAUGUGCUCAUACAUGCCAAUUUGUUUGCCAGCAGCCCUGUAAGCAAAGUUUCUAUUAUUAUUAUUAUUAAAAGCUUAAAAAGAUGGAGGAAGGGUUGAGGAUUCAAGACCCAGCACAAAAGAUGGGUGGAAGAUAUAGGGCAGAUCCCUGAACCUGAACUAACAUUUGCAGGAAGGGAUUCUGAGGAACUGAGACAAAUAGUGGUAACGAGAGAGGAAGUUCUAAGCUUAAUGGACAAUAUAAAAACUGACAAAUCACCGGGCCUGGAUGGCAUCCACCCGAGAGUUCUCAAAGAACUCAAAUGUGAAAUUGCUGAU